AUGGAUGGGAACUACCUCAAGCCCAUGGUGACUUCAUACAUAGUGAUAUCUCCUGGCCAAACCAUGGACGUUUUGUUGACUGCAAAGCAGCCUUUAGGCCUCUAUUAUAUGGCCACCAGGCAGUAUGAUUCCACAGACCAAGACUACACUGGCUAUGACAGCACGAAUGCUACAGCAAUUUUAGAGUACAGAGGCAACUAUACCCGUCCAUCACACCCAGUCUUCCCUUCUACCCUUCCUUCAUUUCAGGAUGCGGACAAGGCAGAUGAGUUUUGGCAUCGACUAAGAAGCCUAGCGAGUCAUGACCACCCAGUCAAGGUUCCAAACGAGAUCACCACCCGCAUGUUUAUAACAGUUUCCAUGGGCCGUGUUGAUUGUAGGAAUGAUUCUUGCAAUGGUGUCUCUUUAGAAGACUCAGAUCAAAAACUCAAAUCUUCUUUGAGUAACAUAAGUUUCGUGAAUCCAAGCACUGACAUUUUGAGCGCUUACUAUUGGAACUUGAGUGGUGUUUACACGGAUGAUUUUCCUGAUCAACCACCUACUUAUUUCAACUUUACCGGUGACGAUUUGUCCAUAAAUACCACAGUACCAGAUCAAGGAACGAAGAUCAAAGUUUUAAGAUAUAAUGAGAGUGUGGAGAUCAUAUUUCAAGGGACUAAUGUCCUUGACACACCUGAAACUCACCCUAUGCAUAUGCAUGGAUAUAGUUUUUAUGUGGUUGGAUUUGGAUAUGGAAAUUUUGACCCGAAUAUUGAUCCAAAGGGGUACAAUUUGGUUGACCCUCCCCAACUCAACACAUUUGCUGUUCCCAGGAAGGGAUGGGUUACCAUAAGAUUCACAGCCAACAAUCCAGGUGUAUGGUAUUGGCAUUGCCAUUUUGACAGACAUCUUUCUUGGGGAAUGAACACAGUCUUCAUAGUAAAGGAUGGAGGCACCCCUGAAACCAGCAUGAGGAAGCCCCCAGCCUUCAAGUUCCCC